AUGACCGUGCCACCGUUGGUGUUGGGUAGCCCAGGCAUUUUGAGGGUGGUGUUCUCCCUCUGCGUCGGCAUUGUCGAGAUCAUGGUUAGGAUCAUAGGAUUAGGUCGUGCCUUAGGUCACAUUACUAGCAGAGAUGAUGAGCCAGUGGACCCUGCGACAGAGGCUGACAUAUUUUCGGAUGAGCCGAUGCCAGGAGGUGAUGUAGAGGACACUGGGGCAAACAUUCCUGCACACACAGGCGCACAGGCUGCUGAGGAUGAGCCUGAGGGAUUUCCGGGUGGUCCGAGCGACCCAUCCGUGUUGACCCAGUAUGCGAAUCAUGUUGUAGCCAGCGUAUGGACGGGAGAGGAGCAUCCUGAGUUGAAGUUAUCCUCUCACGGGAGGAAGGUCCAUAGUUUAGGCAGGCCUGUCCCUGCCAUUGAGGGCCUAGUUGCUGGGACAGGACUAAGUCCUCUGAUCGCGUGUUCGGUAGACACUGGUGAUCGGGGACUUUUGUCGUCGUUUGUCAAGCGGUGGCACCGGGAGACGUCUAGUUUUCAUCUCCCUGUGGGAGAGGUGACAAUCAUGCUGGACAACAUCUCGUCUCUUCUGCAUCUUCCCGUGGUUGGCGACUUGCAUGCCUUUCAGCCCUUGCACGUGGAUGAUGCGGUACAGAUGUUGGUGGACUUAUUGAUGGUCUCUGCAGAGGCUGCUAGGACUAAUAAAGGGAAGUGCCGUGGACCGUACGUACGCCUAAAAUGGUGUUGGAUAUACGAGCACUUUCCCUCAAUCACGGAGUCCACUGCUGAUCCGGACUACGACGAGGAUUCACCGCAUGCCUGUAGGUGGAUUGCUACGAAGAAGACCGUGAAGAGCAUACGUAUACCUGUGUACAGGGAGCACCUGGACCGACUCCGGAUUCUGGAUUCCGGAUGUCUGUUGGAUCCCAUAUGGGGAGCACCGAUCGAGAGGGUCAUGCGGCAGUUUGGAUACACCCAGACCAUUCCUGCUCCGCCUGUCGAUUCAUGGGUGUCGUAUGAUGAUAUACACGACGGGUGGAUGCACUAUUCAGAUCAUAUGGUUGUAGCAGGUGAGGUGUGCGUUGUGCCAAGUCAGUGUGCCAGCGACUUCAUAGACUGGUUCUUCCGCAUUUCGCAUCUUUUCAUGACACCAAGCCAGACAUCAUAUCCUAUGUCAGAUGGUCAUGCUCCAUAG